AAGCGGAAGCACCGGGCGGCCGCGGGGGAGCGAUGGCGGUGGCGGGUCCCUGUGCGCUGAUAACCAGCUGCGCUGCCACCUUUGCCGGGGAGGAGCUGGUUAAAAGUAUCAUUGGAACAGAAGACCCUGCUGCAGAUGUGUCUACAAGCGGAGGCGUGAGAUUUUACCCCUGGACAAUAGACAAUAAAUAUUAUUCUGCUGAUAUUCACCUGUGUGUGGUACCAAACAAAUAUCUUGUGACAGCAGAAAUUGCUGAAUCUGUCCAGGCGUUCGUGGUUUACUUUGACAGCACAAUAAAAUCUGGUCUUGACAGCGUCUCUACAUGGCUUCCCUUGGCAGAAGAGUGGUUACCAGAGGUUAUGAUCUUGGUGUGUGACAGAGUAUCUGAGAAUGGUGUGAAUCGACAAAAAGCUCAAGAGUGGUGCAUCAAACACAGUUUUGAACUGGUGGAACUGAGCCCAGAGGAGCUGCCUGAUGAAGACGAUGACUUUCCAGAGUCCACAGGGGUGAAACGAAUCGUACAAGCCUUGAACGCCAAUGUCUGGUCUAAUGUAGUAAUGAAGAGUGACAGGAAUCAGGGCUUUGGCCUUCUCAGUACACUAGCAGGUGCAAACUGCAGCAUUGGGUCAGAAGAGAACCAAGAUACAAAACCUCAUGCACCAGCAAUGGACAGAGCAGAAUCUCAUUUAGACAACAGAGGAGAUGUAGCUAGCACGAACAACUUGCAGAUUGACAGCAUUGUAGAUCCCAUGUUAGAUAUGGAUAUUCAAGAGCUAGCCAGUCUUACCACGGGAGAAGGAGACCUGGAGAAUUUUGAAAGACUGUUUUCAAAGCUGAAAGAAAUGAAAGACAAGGCAGCAACAUUGCCCCAUGAACAGAGAAAACUACAUGCAGAGAAGGUGGCCAAAGCAUUCUGGAUGGCAAUCGGAGGAGACCGAGAUGAGAUUGAAGGCCUCUCCUCAGAUGAAGAAAACUAAGUUCUCUGUAGCUGUUUGUAGUAGAGCUGAUGCGAUAUCCUAAAAGUAAUGCUGGACAUUUCCUACAAACAACAAACUCAUUUUUUGCUGAAGCUGCCAUUGGACUUGGUUUGCUUAAAAAUUUUAGGUGAUCCUCCUUGCUUAUCAUUGAGAGUAACGCAUUCCAUAACACCUGAAACUGCAUUAGAUGGUGUUUGUUCUCCUGCCUGUAUUCUCUCUCUGUGUCUGGCUAUAGUUUUAAGGCAGUGUGCACCAUCUUUACCAUAAGUAGCAAACCACUUUAUAUUUUCCAAAUAACCAUUUUUGUUGUAUCCUUU